AUGUCCGGGGCCAGGGCGUGCUGGCUGCUCCUGUCCUUCGCGGUGCUGGGACGAGCCCUGGACUUCCCCGAUUACACCUAUGAGCUGGAGGACGAGGAAGACACUGAGCCCAUUGACUAUAAGGAUCCUUGCAAAGCUGCUGCCUUUCUGGGAGACAUAGCAUUGGACGAGGAGGAUCUCAGGUUAUUCCAAGUGGACCGACUCGUGGACCUCAAACGCCGCACCGUCAAGAAAACAGCCACCAACACCUCAGGAAUCAGCACCAACAGCACCAGCCUGAAGUUCAGGAGGCAGCAGAAGAGGCAAUGGAGGCGGGGCCAGGUGCGGUCUCGAAGCCGCCGUGCCGCCACUUCCCGUCAUGAGAGGGUGUGGCCGGAUGGGGUCAUUCCCUACGUGAUCAGCGGGAACUUCAGUGGCAGCCAGCGGGCAAUUUUCCGGCAGGCCAUGCGCCACUGGGAGAAGCACACCUGCGUCACGUUCUUGGAGCGCAAUGCUGAGGAGAGCUACAUAGUGUUCACGCACAGGCCAUGUGGGUGCUGCUCCUACGUGGGCCACAGAGGAGGGGGACCCCAGGCCAUCUCCAUUGGCAAAAACUGUGACAAGUUCGGUAUCGUGGUUCAUGAGCUGGGUCACGUCAUCGGCUUCUGGCACGAGCACACGCGCCCGGACCGGGAUGACCACGUGUCCAUCGUCCGGGAGAACAUCCAACCAGGGCAGGAGUAUAACUUCUUGAAGAUGGAGCCCGAAGAGGUGGAGUCCCUGGGCGAGACAUAUGAUUUCGACAGCAUCAUGCACUAUGCCAGGAACACCUUCUCCAGGGGGGUUUUCCUUGACACCAUCAAGCCCAAAUACAAUGUGAACGGGGUGGUGCCCCACAUCGGCCAGCGGACUCGGCUGAGCAAAGGGGACAUAGACCAGGCACGCAAGCUUUACAGAUGUCCAGCCUGUGGAGAGACCCUCCAGGACAGUCAGGGGAAUUUCUCCUCCCCAGAGUUCCCCAAUGGAUACCCUGCACACGUGCACUGCGUCUGGAGGAUAUCGGUCACGCCGGGGGAAAAGAUCAUCCUGAACUUCACGUCCCUGGAUCUGUACCGAAGCCGGCUGUGCUGGUAUGAUUACGUGGAGGUGAGAGACGGGUUCUGGAGAAAGGCCACACAGCGAGGUAGGUUCUGCGGGAAUAAGCUCCCCGAGCCCAUCAUCUCCACCGACAGCCGCCUCUGGAUUGAGUUCCGCAGCAGCAGCAACUGGGUUGGCAAAGGGUUCUUCGCCGUCUAUGAAGCCAUCUGCGGGGGAGAAAUGAAGAAGGAUAACGGCCACAUCCAGUCUCCGAACUACCCGGAUGAAUAUCGGCCCAACAAAGUGUGCACCUGGAAGAUCACGAUCUCCGAGGGCUUCCAUGUGGGGCUCACCUUCCAGUCGUUCGAGAUCGAGCGGCACGACAGCUGUGCCUACGAUUACCUGGAGAUCCGGGACGGCAGCACCGAGUCGAGCAGCCUGAUUGGCCGGUACUGUGGCUACGACAAGCCCGACGACAUCAAGAGCACUUCCAACAAGCUGUGGAUGAAGUUUGUCUCAGACGGCUCCAUCAACAAGGCUGGCUUCGCCGUCAACUUCUUCAAAGAGGUAGACGAGUGCUCGCAGCCCAACAAUGGCGGGUGUGAGCAGCGCUGCGUGAACACCCUGGGCAGCUACCGGUGUGCCUGUGACCCUGGCUACGAGCUAGCUUUGGACAAGCGCCGGUGUGAGGCCGCCUGCGGAGGCCUCCUCACCAGACUCAACGGCUCCAUCACCAGCCCUGGCUGGCCCAAGGAAUAUCCGCCCAACAAGGACUGCGUCUGGCAUCUGGUGGCGCCUUCCCAGUACCGCAUCUCGCUGCAAUUCGAAUUCUUUGAGACCGAGGGGAAUGACCAGGUGUGCAAAUACGACUUUGUGGAGGUGCGCAGUGGGCUGUCGGCCGACUCCAAGCUGCACGGCAAGUUCUGCGGUGCCGAGAAGCCCGACGUCAUCACUUCCCAGUACAACAACAUGAGGAUCGAGUUCAAAUCCGACAACACCGUCUCCAAGAAGGGCUUCAAAGCCCAUUUCUUCUCAGACAAAGAUGAAUGUUCAAAGGAUAAUGGAGGGUGCCAGCACGACUGCCUAAAUACCUUCGGCAGCUACCAGUGCCAGUGCCGCAGCGGCUUUGUGCUGCAUGACAACAACCACGAUUGCAAAGAAGCCGGCUGUGAUCACAAGGUGACGUCCAUCACUGGUACCAUCACCAGCCCUAACUGGCCCGAUAAGUACCCGAGCAAGAAAGAGUGCACCUGGGCAGUAACUACCACGCCUGGGCACCGCGUCAAACUGACCUUCUCAGAGCUGGAUAUUGAGGGUCAUCAGGAAUGCACUUAUGACCACCUGGAGAUUUACAAUGGGAAAGAUGCCAAGGCUCCAGUCCUGGGCAGGUUCUGUGGGGCUAAGGAACCGGACCCCGUCAUCUCCACCAGCAACAAGAUGUUCCUCAAGUUCUUCUCUGAUAACUCCGUCCAGAAGAAGGGCUUCCAGGCCACCUAUUCAACAGUCUGCGGGGGCCAGAUGCGAGCUGAGGUGAAAACUAAGGACCUGUACUCACACGCUCAGUUCGGAGACAACAACUACCCUGGGGGCUCAGACUGCGAGUGGGUGAUUGUAGCGGAGGAGGGCUACGGGGUGGAGCUCAUCUUCCAGACCUUCGAGAUCGAGGAGGAGGCCGACUGCGGGUACGACUACAUGGAGCUCUUCGACGGCUAUGACGGGACAGCGCCACGCCUGGGGCGCUACUGCGGAUCCGGGCCCCCGGAAGAGGUGUCCUCCGCCGGCGAUUCGGUGAUGAUCAAGUUCCACUCGGACGACACCAUCAACAAGAAGGGCUUCCACCUGCGGUACACCAGCACCAAAUUCCAGGACACUCUGCACACAAGGAAAUGA